AUGUCUUACAGCCACUUCACCUCCUUUGCCCCAACCACCGUCUACGAUCCUUCCGGCGUAGACGGGAUCACGCGCUCCAUGGAACAGUCAUUCCGCCUUGACUCACACCCAGAUACUUUGCAAGAACACUCCUCCGAUGACUUUGCCGUGCAUCAGUGUGACGCCCAUUGCGAACCACUUGCGCACUCCGGGCUACCGGUCGUGUUCAAUGCCGCCGAGGAGUAUGGCACACCAUGGUGCUCAGGAAGUACCCCUUUCGCACCAUGUGACACUCACACUGGGAUACUCCUGGCGUCCGACUGCACACCUGGAUGCUCGCCCAUCGCCGACAUAUCUCACAUUCACGUCGAUCCUAUUCAUGUCGCGCAUCCCAGUACAUGGGAGAUAGCCUCCGCCUUGGAAGACUCACCUUCGGCCACGAGAUCGUCCUCACUGCGCUCCUCUUCGGGCUCGUCAACGUCUCUUUCCCUUUCGUCCCCUUCUUCGUCCAUGUCCUCCUGGCGCAAUGACACCGGCGCAAUCGACAGCGGAAGCUUCCGUGACGUCCUCAGUCCUUCUCAACCGUCGCCGGACUCUCUCGAUCGCGAUAUGCAUUCGUCCGCCUUGCGUUCGAGUCAUGUCGAGCCGUCGUCGUCCGUGCGCGGGGUGUCUGGCCCCUCGUCGCGCCGUCCACAAGGCCCCAAGAAGCACAGACGAUCCCCUACGCACACGCGCUCGCGCCUACGGCAGGUUAAAGCCGAAGUGUUGGCGCUCAAGGUCUCGAUCGCCCGUGGGAGGAAAGAUUGCAAGUGCACGGUUUGCGAAAAUGUAUUCAAGUGUCGUAGCGAACUAUGGCGACACAUGAAGGCCCAUGCGGGCGAGGCGCACGGCAAGAAGUGGAAGUGCUGCGGUGUCCCCGUCGAGUUGGCUGCAGAGUACAAUGUCGCGAGGGAUGCAAAGCCGUACAGGCACAAUGGCAGGUCGAUGGUGGGUGGGUGCGGGACCAAGUGUGGUCGCAGAGACACAUUGCAGCGCCAUCUGAAUACGAACGUAGGCAUUUGCGUGGGAAAUGUGGAAAGAGCGGUAGCAUUGGAAGACCAUCGACUGGAUUGGGCUUGUCAGAAUGCUGCCGUCUGCUCUGCGAGGUCUGAAAGUGAACCUAUGUCAUUUGUCAAGCGGGGACGUCGUUUCUGCGCCGAAUAUUUCGUCGUCUUUGUCGAGCACAUGCCAAACCCUAACAGACCACCAGCGUCUGAGUGGGACGAUAACGUCGAUGUGCUGCAACGGCUGUGGCACGAGCGACUUGGACUACCUAGGUGGAGGCCAAAAUUACUAUACAAUCUCGUGAAUCAUGGGACAUCAGCGCGAAGCCGCUCUCGCUUCGAUAAAAUUACAAGGCGAGUGAAAGGACAAUUUGUGAUCGAAAGAAGACGCCCCAUGAAAACUUGCAUUACGCGUCCAUGGUAA